AUGAAGUCUGGCAUGCUUUCUGACCCUACCCACCCUGUUGGCUAUCUGAACAAAGUAAUUGAAGACUUUGCCCAAGACGGAAUACGGCUUCUCAGGAAAUGCAACAAACCCGAUGCUAAAGAAUACCACGCAAUGCUCCGAGCAUGUACUCUAGGGCUGCUGACGAUGGGAUUCAUCGGCUAUUUUGUUCGGCUCGCCUUCAUACCCAUAAAUAACAUUAUUGUUGGUUCUGCAAGGAAGUAA